AUGUAUCUCAGGGACUAUUGUGUUUUAUUAUUUCUCCUAAUUAUUUCGCAAUGCUAUGCUUUUUCCUGUCGUUUCGAAGAUCCUUCUAAGCUAGAAAAAUAUUCGAAUGUAUUCGAUAACUGCGUAAGGCAAAUAGAAGGUAACACCAGUGGAAGUAGACGGAAUUCCGCUGAUGACUGGACCAAUCAUAAGAAUAAAAGGAAUCAAUGGCAAAGAGAUUACCAAAAUGAAAACGGAGAUAGAGACAAGAAUGGAGAUGGAGAUAGAAAUAGAGAUAAUGGUAAUAGAGAUAGGAAUGGAGAAUAUGGUGAUAGAGAUAGAAACAGAGAUAGGGAUGACUCAAACGAAAGAAGUGAUAACAGACAAAAUAAAAAUUACAUGAAAGAUAACCAGUCCAAUAGAAUGAAUUCUAAACAAAGCAAUAAUAUGGGUUCUAGAAACGAUAGGAUGGGUAGUAUGAAUGGCGUUGAUGUAAGGCAUAGAGGAAGUAAUGAUAUGAUGAAUAGCUAUGGUAGAAAUGGUCAUUUGAGCGGUCAAGACGAGUUUCUACAAAGCGAGGAAUAUGGCAGCGACACGUCGCAUCACAACACUUAUUAUCCUUCGCCAUCAUCCCAACCCUCAAGAAGAUACAAACGAGAAAAGCGGGUUGAGAUGAAUUCGGGACAACGUAGCCAAUACAAUCCUCACUCGCAACGUUUCAGUGGUCACGAGGAUAGCUAUAAAAAUGAAAGGAACUCAAGUGACAACUCAAGUAGAGAAGUGAACAGGGCGUGUGUCUUGCAUUGUUAUUUAGAAAAUUUGCACAUGACAGGAGAUAACGGAAUGCCCGACAGAUAUCUGAUCACACAUAAUCUAAUGCAAGAAGAGACAGAUGAAGAUAUAAGGGAUUCUAUACAAGAAUCAACUGAAGAAUGUUUUCAAAUUCUUGACAAUGAAAACAUAGAGGAUAAGUGCGAGUUUUCUAAAAAUUUAUUCACGUGUCUAUUGGAGAAGGGAAGACCCAACUGUGAUGACUGGACUGAGAAGGCUAGAUUUUUAUUAGAG